AUGUCUUCUAAUUCGAGUGCUGGUCAGGCAGACAUCCGUAGAGCUUACAGAAAACUCAGCCUUCAACUUCAUCCGGAUAAAAAUAAAGAAGAAGAUGCAGAAGAAAAAUUCAGGCAGUUAGUAGCAGUCGCAGAGGUUCUCAAAGAUGAGGAGAAGAGGAAAAAGUAUGAUGAGAUCCUUGAGCAUGGCCUACCAGAUUGGAGACAACCGGUGUUCUACUACAGAAGAGUACGCAAGAUGGGACUCCUUGAACUCGGCCUCUUACUCUCUGCUAUACUCAGUGUAGGCCAUUACCUUGUAAUCUGGUCAAUGUACUUUGAGAGGAAGCUGGAAAUAGAAGCCCUGAUCAAGCCAAAGAGAGAAAAGAAAGGCAAGAAGGCAAGCAAACAAGCCACCAACCAACCCACGACUGAAGAGAUCACCCAAGCUCUCUUACAGGAUCCCAAUAUGAUUAAGAAGCCUAGCCUUGCUGAUAUCCUCCCAUGGAAGCUCGUCUGUCUGACCUUGGGCAUCGUCCAAGGACUUCCUGGAGCCUACAGGAGCAUCCUGGAACAUUGGAGAGCAAGGAGGAAAGGAGAAGAGAAGGAGGAGGAGGAGGAGGAUGGUGGUGGAGAUGAGAGUAGCAGAAGGAAGGAGCAAGGCCCAAGGGAGAAGCAAAGAAUGGAUCCAGCAAUGUAUGAUUAUGAUCGGUCAGCCAGUGCCUCUGUGACGAUGAAGACUGGUGAGGAUGCAACCAGGGCCAACGGUCUUGGACCGCAUGGGGAUGGUGACUCCUAUAAAACCAAAACAAGUUUUGAAUGGUCAGCCUCAGAGGUGUCGAGUCUAGUAAAAGCGAUGACUAAGUUUCCUGGUGGAACAACAGACAGGUGGACAAGGAUAGCGGAGGAAAUCAAGAAACCAGUUGAUGUGGUUACCAAGAAAGCUAAACAACUGAAAAGUCAAAAAUAUGCAACAAACAUUGAUGCUGCUGCACAAGGCAUCACUGGGGGUAUUCAACACACGGUACCAAGCAAACGAACCGGUUUAGGGAUGACUGAUGACAUCAUGACCCAUUCGACCAAUCAGAUAGAUUUGGAUGAUGAGUCUCAUGAAUAUUCAUCAGAGGCUGGAUUUAAAAAGAACAAAGCCGUUAAAGCUGUUAAAACGAUAGAUAGAACUCUUAUGAUCGCCAGUGAAGCACAUAGCAGCGACCAAAGAGGAAAUGAUACCGCCGUCAGUAAUAAAGUUUUACAAAAUAGAGAAGUGGAUGAGCUUGUCCAUUCUGGUGUGGAGAGUUGUGCAUGGACACAGCGUCAGCAAAAGAUUUUAGAGAAAGCAAUGCAGGUUUACCCAAGAGGCUUAGAUGAUAGGUGGGACAAGAUUGCAGAUAGUGUACCAGGCAAAUCAAAGGAGGAGUGUAUAAUUCGCUUCAAGGAACUCGUUGAGGUUGUCAAAAGGAGAAAGCAGCAAACAACUCCAGCCCAAAGAUGAUGCCUUAGAAAUCACAUUUACUCAUUUCUUUUUUUAUUUGUUUUUGUGGUAAAUAGAAUUUUACAACUCGCCUUUUUUUUUUUUUGGGGGGGGGGGCAUUUUAUGACGAAACAAGGUGAUCAUAUGAUUUAACGCUACAAUGCUACAAAUGUUUUUAGUGUACCAAACAUUUCAGGGACCUAUAUUAUCAUAAUAAAGACUUGUUAUAAUAUCAAAUCCUCAAUUUCUAUUACAAAUUUACUGUCAACCAAUCAGAUUGAAGGAUUUCAGUAGCUUUUAACUGUUGUUGCAAAUUUGUCAUUAUCAAAAGUUUUAUGAAAUGGGUCCCUGAUAGAUAUUGCAAAUUUUAGGAUUACCAGUGAAAGUCAAUCAAAGCCUUUCACAACAUUGUCAUCUUGUAAUUAAUUUUUGUCCAUUACUUCUUCCCUCUUCAUGAAAAUUUAAUCCUCAUCCUAAGUUUCUUGAAUUGCAUUCUUUUGCAAUUUUUAGAAAAUGGUUUAGAUUUCCUGAGUUUUUUUUCCUUGUUAUUAGUGAAAGCAUGUUAAGUUUAUAUCAACCAAUGGAGGAAAAAAAUGUUGAUUGCUGAAAAUAUUAACUCAACCUUCAAGAACUUUAUCCAGUAUUUGAUGUGUCAAUACUUUAAAUGAAAUAACAUUUACAUGCCUAUAGUUAUCUAAACUCGUAGCUACUUACCGGACACACCUUUGUUGUUACUAUCCUUAUUUGUUUUGGUGUCACCUGUGCCUGGGAGGCAAAAAGCAAACUGAAUCACUAUGACCAAGGAGAUGUGUUUUUGUGUCACAGUAUUUUUGUUCUCCAUACAUGUUCUUGGAAGCCCAGAGUGAGUAGGACCACAACAUAAAUACAGCACCCUAACUAAUGUGGUAAAUCAUGACAAGGAACCUCUAUGGAAAUAUUUAGUGAUUAAUAAAUAUGAAAUCCCUUUUUAGUGAUUCAUGUCUUUUUACAACGUUCUUUUCCUUUACCAUUUAGGCCCCUCUGCAUACAGAUUCUGCUGUCAUAUGAGAGUAUAAUUGGGUAGUUUGAUAGUUCCCAGCGGAUAUGUACAGCUACCAUAGUUGUGAAUUGUUUUUUUUUUUUUUUUUUCAGGCCCAAUUCGUUUGAAUUUCUUUCAUUUCUCCCUUGUUUUUCAUAGUCAUACAUAACAUUGCCUGUCUUGCCAUAACCAUUUAUCUCAUUUAUGUCCCAGCUGAUGUGUCUGUGAGGGUCAAUUGUAGACAACGCAAUUAAAUAUGACUAUUUCAUAUA